ACCUGGACCGCCAGGAAAUGCUAGGACGGGGAGAAAGGCUGCACAACCCAGAGCUGAGCAGAGGAUUUACCCAGCACUCAUGACAGUGCGGAUACGGAUAUUUUCUCCUAGUUCGCCGCUCAAGAUGGGAAAAAGUGUCGCGGGACUGGAAAAAUCCAGACUUUGACUUGUCGUUUUGUGGAAAAUCAUUCUUCUCUUCUUUUUAGGAUCUUCUCCAAAGAGAUAACGUCCAGAAAAUUCUACAACUCGGACUGACCCAAGUAUGACCAGCCUUGCUGCUUCCAUCUCCUGGAACAAAGUUGAAGGUCUCAUCCGAUGAAUCUGAUGACUGGGAGGGUAAAAGCUGAUUAACACCAGUGGUAGGGCUGGAGGAGAGUGUACCAGCAGUCAGACAUGGACCUUAGAAGGCUGGUACCUUUCACCAUGGCAGUCCUUCUUGUACUACUGCUGGCUAGACUAGUUCUGCCUUCUCACGCAGAAAGCAUGCCGAGCUUCAUGAAAUCCCCAGAUGAUCAAACGGGGAUUUCGGGAGGAGUGGCAUCAUUCGUUUGUCAGGCCGUGGGAGACCCCAAACCUCGGAUCACUUGGAUGAAAAAGGGGAAGAAAGUCAGUUCUCAGCGCUUUGAGGUGACUGAGUUUGAUGAUGGGUCUGGCUCAGUGCUACGUAUCCAGCCUUUGAGGACCCACCGUGAUGAAGCCAUUUAUGAAUGCACAGCUUCCAAUAGUGUGGGAGAGAUCAAUACCAGUGCCAAGCUUACCGUCUUAGAAGAGGACCAGAUACCCCAUGGUUUUCCAACUAUAGACAUGGGGCCCCAGCUGAAAGUUGUGGAGAGAACACGUACUGCUACAAUGCUGUGUGCAGCAAGUGGAAACCCUGACCCAGAGAUCCAUUGGUUCAAAGAUUUUGUGCCUGUGGACAUUGGCAGUAGCAAUGGGCGAAUAAAACAGCUGCGUUCAGGUGGUACACCAAUAAGAGGAGCUCUUCAAAUUGAGAACAGUGAGGAGUCUGACCAGGGCAAGUACGAGUGCUUGGCAGUCAACAGAGCUGGGACUCGGUAUUCUGCUCCAGCUAACCUUUAUGUUCGAGAUCAGCGUGAAGUUCGACGUGUGCCUCCACGUUUUUCCAUCCCCCCCACCAAUCAUGAGGUGAUGCCUGGUGGCAGUGUCAACCUCACCUGUGUGGCAGUUGGUGCUCCAAUGCCUCAUAUCAAAUGGGUGAGGGGUGAAGUAGAGCUGUCCCAGACGGAUGAAAUGCCCAUUGGCCGCAACGUCCUGGAGCUCACCAACAUCCAUCAGUCUGACAACUACACCUGUGUGGCUAUAUCCUCCCUGGGCAUGAUUGAGACUACAGCCCAAAUCAGUGUCAAAGCUCUUCCCAAGAUGCCUACCUCCCUCAUCGUGACAGAAACCACAGCCACGAGUGUCACGCUAACCUGGGACUCUGGGAAUCCUGAGCCUGUGUCCUACUAUGUGAUUCAGUACCGUCCCAAACUGUCUGAAAACGGUUUCCAGGAAGUAGAUGGUGUAGCCACAACCCGGUACAGCAUUGGCGGCCUUAGCCCCUUCUCUGAGUAUGAGUUUCGUGUCAUGGCUGUGAAUAAUGUUGGCCGGGGGUCUCCAAGCAGUAUUGUGGAAACCCGUACAAGUGAGCAGGCACCCUCAUCACCACCUCUCCAUGUUCAGGCACGCAUGUUGAGCUCCACCACCAUGCUGGUGCAGUGGGAACCUCCAGAGGAGCCCAAUGGCCAAAUACAAGGCUAUCGGGUCUACUACACCUCUGAGUCCAAUGACCCACUCAGUGUGUGGGAGAUACACAACACUGAUAACAGCCAGUUAACCACCAUCUCAGGUCUGAUAGCAGAUAUCACCUAUAACCUAAGAGUGCUGGGCUUCACCUCUGUGGGGGACGGGCCACCCUCUGAUGUGGUACGGAUCAAAACCAAGCAAGGAGUUCCGGCUCCGGUGUCUGCGGUCGAAGCUGAGGCCGAGCUGGACACACGCAUAAUGUUGUCAUGGCUUUGGCCCUCCAAAGAUCCCAUUAUUGGUUUUGAACUGCUUUACUGGGAAGCCAGCAAUCCUGCAAAGAGGCAUCGUGUCACGUUUAAUGCAGCAGGCUCCUAUGCAGUUGAUGGACUUAAGCCAGACACGUUAUACUCGUUUUCCCUGGCAGCACGAUCUGAGAUGGGUUUAGGCGUUUUUACUCAACCUAUUGAAGCAAGGACCGCCAAAACCAUGCCUGGAGCUCCUCCCAGAAAGGUGGAGGCAGAAGCCCUGAACUCCACUGCUAUCAGAGUGACAUGGAGGCCUCCCCUGGCAGUAAAGCAACAUGGGCAGAUCCAGGGCUACCAGCUGAUGUGCUCCAGGCUGGAGAAUAGCGAGCCACAUGGGCAGCCGCUCUUAAUGGAUAUUUUAAACCAUGAAACUCAGGAAGCCAUUAUAACUGGUCUGCUCCCAGAGACGACAUAUUCUGUGUCUCUGGCUGCCUACACCACGAAGGGCGACGGAGCUCGCAGCAAGGCCAGGGUGGUCUCUACCACAGGAGCAGUGCCUGGAAAGCCCAAUAUGAUGAUCAGUACCAUGAUGGGGAAUACGGCUCUGAUCCAGUGGCAGCCGCCUAAAGAAACUGUGGGAGAGCAUGUAGGAUACCAGCUGCAAUACAAGAGAGCUGACGAAGAAAGUUUCAUUGUUAAAGACUUCAGAAAAACAGAUGAUCAUUUCACAGUCACCGGCCUUCACAAAGGAGCCACUUAUAUCUUCAAACUGUGUGCUAAAAACCAAGCAGGUGCUGGGCAGGAAUAUAUAAAAGAGAUAAGCACCCCUGAAGACAUACCCAGCAGCUACCCACAGAAUCUGAGUGUGGUGGGCUUAACUUCCACUUCCACAAAGCUUGCUUGGGAACCUCCUCCUCUGGCUGAGAGAAAUGGAAAGAUCAUCAAGUAUGAGAUUGUGUGUCGAGAUAUUAAUGGCCAGCACAACAGCACAAACAGUACCACAGACACACAGAUGGCAGUCCAGGGUUUGCAACCUGACACAACAUAUGACAUCAGAGUCCAAGCUUUCACCCGCAAAGGAGGAGGACCCCUCAGCCCCAGCAUCCAAAUCAGGACAAUGUCCACUUCUAUGCCAGUCUUUACCAAGAACUUUGGAGCAAAGACUGUAAUGAAAACCUCAGUCUUGCUGACCUGGGAAGUACCAGAAACCUAUGAAUCUCAACUACCUCUCAAGAUUCUGUACAACCAGCAAAGUGUGGAGGUCCAAGGCAGCCUUAAGAGAAAACUGAUCACACAGCUUCAGCCAGACACUGAUUAUUCCUUUGUGCUAAUGAGCCGAGAAAAUGGUGCCGGUGGCCUCCAGCAGCAGGUUUCCAUCCGAACAGCUCCUGACCUGCUGACUAUGAAACCAAGUCGAUACCAAACAGAUGUGGAUGAAGAUGGGAAAGUGACUAUGAUCCUGCCCCAAGUCCCUGCUGAAGCCAAAUUUAGGUGGUACUACAUAGUGGUUGUCCCUGAAACCCCAGCUUCUCUAAUGAGGUGGGAAAAUCCUGAAGAUGUGGACUUACAUGAGCUCCUAGAGGUUGGUGCAGAUGUCAGCCUGCAGAAACAGAGCCAAGAUUUGCUACAGCCCUUCAUCGCUGCUAAACUGGAUGCUCUGCCAGAGGUCUUCGUUCUAGGUGAUGAAAUGAAGUACAACGGCUACUACAACAAACCUCUGUCUGUCCAGCAGAAGUACUGCUGUUUUCUUCUGGCUGACCUGAUGGAUCACAUGUCUCAAAGGACAUUUGCAGCCAGCCCUUUCUCUGAAACCUUCAUGGUGAAGCACAGUGGGGUGAUCAGACAUCCUCAGGAGGACCCAGAGAUGCUGUGGGUGAUGGGUCCGGUGCUGGCUGUCAUUGUCAUCGUUAUUAUAGUUAUUGCUAUUUUACUCUUUAAGAGUCAACAGGAAAGGAAACGCGCAUCUCCAGGCAAGAAUGAGCACAUGGCAGGUUUAAAUGACUCGAUGACUGCCCGCAUAUCAGACCCUGUGGAAAUGAGAAGACUCCACUACCAAACACAAGGAAUGAAGGAACAUCUUCCAAUUGCCAUUUGUGACCUGGCAGAUCAUAUAGAGAAACUAAAGGCCAAUGACAACCUGCAAUUCUCACAGGAGUAUGAGUCUAUCGAACCAGGACAGCAUUUCACCUGGGAAUACUCCAACCUGGAAGUCAACAAGCCUAAGAACCGCUAUGCAAAUGUUAUAGCUUAUGAUCACUGCAGAGUAAUCCUCACACCUGUGGAAGGAGUUCCAGGCAGUGACUACAUAAAUGGCAACUACAUUGACGGCCACAGGAAACAGAAUGCUUACAUUGCCACACAAGGACCUCUGCCAGAGACACUCGGUGACUUCUGGAGGAUGGUGUGGGAGCAGAGGACCAGCACCAUUGUUAUGAUGACUCAUCUGGAGGAGAAGUCACGGGUUAAGUGUGACCAGUACUGGCCAAGCCGUGGUACAGAGACGUACGGGAUGAUUCAGGUUACUAUACUUGACACUGUGGAGCUGGCUUCAUACAGUAUGCGAACAUUUAGCCUUUACAAGAACAGUUCAGUUGAGAAAAGAGAAGUUCGACAGUUCCAGUUUCUAGCCUGGCCUGACCACGGAGUGCCUGAGUAUCCCACCCCAACACUGGCCUUUGUUCGUAGAGUCAAAUCCUGUAAUCCUUUAGAUUCUGGACCCAUGGUGGUUCACUGCAGUGCUGGUGUGGGCCGAACUGGCUGCUUUAUUGUAAUAGAUGCCAUGCUUGAGAGGAUGAAGCAUGAGAAGACGGUGGACAUAUAUGGUCAUGUGACAUGUAUGCGAGCUCAGAGGAACUACAUGGUGCAAACAGAGGAUCAGUACAUAUUCAUCCAUGACGUCCUGCUUGAGGCUGCAACAUGUGGGAACACAGAGAUUCCUGCCCGCAACCUGUAUACGCACAUCCAGAAGCUCACCCAGAUUGCUCCAGGAGAGACUGUCACCCCCAUGGAACAGGAGUUUAAGAAACUGGCCAACUCUAAAGCACAAACUUUGAGAUUCAUCAGCGCUAACCUUCCAUGUAACAAAUUUAAGAACCGGUUGGUGAACAUUAUGCCUUUUGAAUCCACUCGCGUCUGUCUGCAGCCAGUCAGAGGGGUGGAGGGCUCAGAUUACAUCAAUGCUAGUUUCAUUGAUGGUUACAGACAGCAGAAGGCGUAUAUGGCCACCCAGGGCCCAUUAGCUGAAACCUCAGAGGACCUGUGGAGAAUGUUAUGGGAACACAAUUCCACAAUUGUGGUCAUGCUCACCAAACUCCGUGAAAUGGGACGGGAGAAGUGCCAUCGAUACUGGCCUGCAGAACAUUCUGCACGCUACCUGUACUUUGUUGUGGACCCCAUGGCCGAGUACAACAUGCCUCAGUACAUCCUUCGAGAGUUUAAAAUUACAAACACCAGAGAUGGUCAGUCGAGGACAAUCAGGCAGUUUCAAUUCACUGACUGGCCGGAACAAGGAGUUCCCAAAACUGCUGAGGGCUUCAUCGACUUCAUUGACCAAGUCCACAAAACUAAAGAGCAAUUUGGACAAGAUGGCCCAAUCACUGUUCAUUGCAGUGCUGGUAUUGGGCGGACUGGUGUGUUCAUCACCCUGAGCAUCGUGCUGGAGAGGAUGAGGUAUGAGGGAGUAGUAGACAUCUUCCAGACUGUCAAGAUUCUCCGAACUCAGAGGCCAGCCAUGGUUCAGACAGAGGACCAGUACCAUUUGUGCUACCGGGCUGCUCUGGAGUACCUGGGAAGCUUUGAUCACUAUGCAACAUAACCCAGAAAUACACCUGGUCUCUGAGCCAUUCCUGCUCCACUCCACAGAGGUCCUCGUGGCCUGAGGAGGGGACUGAACAGGGCUGAUGGGGGGAUACUCACAGCUGGACUAAGGAAAG